GCAGCUCCCCAGGCGGUGCCGCGGGCCGGAGCCACUCCCGGACCAUGGGGGAUGUGCAGAAGGGGCUGCUCUCCGUCAUCCAGAGGCUGAAGGGAUCCCCGGAGCAGGAGCUCCGCAUCGUCCUGCUGGGGCUGGACAACGCGGGCAAGACCACGCUGCUGAAGCGCCUGGCGUCUGAGGAGGUCAGCACCAUCACCCCCACACAGGGAUUCAACAUAAAGAGCGUGCAGUCCCACGGGUUGAAGCUGAACGUUUGGGAUAUCGGGGGGCAGCGCUCCAUCCGCCCCUACUGGAAGAAGUACCUGGGCAGCACAGACCUGCUGAUUUAUGUCAUUGACAGCGCUGACCAGAAGCGUUUCGAGGAGACAGGGCAGGAGCUGGCAGAGCUCACGGAGGACGAGUCCCUGACGGGGGUCCCGCUGCUGGUGUUUGCCAACAAGCAGGACCUGGUGACUGCAGCACCUGCAGCUGAAAUCGCAGAGGGGCUGAGCCUGCACACCUACCGGGACCGGGAGUGGCAGAUCCAGGCCUGCUCGGCCCUAUCUGGGGAAGGGGUGCAGGAUGGGAUGAACUGGAUUUCCAGCCAGAUCAUGAACAGGAAGAAGUGAGAGCUGCCAAGUGCCAGACGGGACUGAGCUGCAGGUCCCUACGCCACGGCCAACCCCUCAUGUCCCUCGGCUCCCCCCGAGCCUCGGCUGGGCCCUGAGCCUCAGACUGCCAGGCUCAGAUGAUUUUCCCAUCCAGUGUUCCACAAAUCAAUCGGCUUCCCCUCUCCCUGCCUCUUGGGCUUCCACGGGCUCCUCACAGCCCCGAUCCCCUGCAGC